AAACCGACGAUGGCUGAACGGAGACGCCCGCACACUGGAAUAUCCAAACGGAGAAACCAGGAGGCGACGGCAAACCGACGAUGGAGACGUCCUCGCCUUGGAUCCGGCUUUGUGACGUGAAGCAUCAAGCCUCACGGUCGGUCUAGGUCGGCAGCAGGAGAGAAAGCGAUCAAGGUCCAGGUCGGUCUAGUCUAGGGAAGAAGAACAAGUUGGAACCGGCCAGGCAGGCAGGCGAGCACAAGAUCCAAUUUCCACCUGUCGCCGCGUUCUCUACCAAGCGCAUACGAUACGAGCGAGACGAUAAGUACGGGACACAGACACGGGACGCCAUGCCGCAUACAUACUCGUCCCUCCCGCUACCACCGCAGCCGUCGUCUCUUCCCGGUCUCGCCGCCGCCGCCGCCUCCUCAGCCCCAGCCUCAGAAAUGGAAGCCAGCUCUAGCACUGCUCUGUAUCCUCAGCGCCGCUGCAAAACCAUCUACCUGGUGAGGCAUGCUCAGGGCAUACAUAAUGUGGAAGGCGACAAGGAUCACAGCGCCUACAAGUCGCCCGCGCUGGUCGAUGCUCGCAUCACCCCUUUGGGCUGGAGCCAAGUUGAUUGCCUGCGAGAGCAUGUGACGAAAUGCGGACUAGCAAAAAAGAUUGAGUUGGUUGUUGUUUCCCCUCUAAUGAGGACUCUGCAGACUGCAGUGGGGGUCUUUGGCGGUGGAAACUGUACCGAUGGAGAAAGUGCAUCACCACUAAUGGUGAAGGGUGCUGAACACAGUGGACGUCAGGCGAUUUCAAGUUUGGACUGCCCGCCGUUUCUCGCAGUUGAGGCCUGCAGGGAGCGCCUGGGUGUGCAUCCCUGUGACAAGAGGAGCAGCAUAACAAAAUAUCGCACUCUCUUUCCAGCCAUUGAUUUUUCCCUGAUAGAGAAUGACGAAGAUGUUCUUUGGGAACCCAAUGUCAGAGAAGCAAUUGACGUUGUUGCUGCCAGGGGCAUGAAGUUCCUUGACUGGUUAUGGACAAGGGAAGAAAAUGAGAUAGCUAUUGUCACCCAUAGUAGCUUCUUAGAUUUCACUUUAAACAUGUACAGUAAAGAGUGUCAUCCAACUAUAGCAGAGGAUAUGCGCAAGCGCUUUGCGAACUGCGAGCUUAGGUCGAUGGUGCUGGUCGACAGAAGUAAGCUUGGAUCAGAUACCCCUACAUGCGAUUUCCCUGGGAAGAUACCGGCCGGACUUGAUCUGCCUAGUGAUGUGGCAGACAAGAAGCAGAUUGAAGAAGCUAGCAAUGGGAACCGGGGAGCGGUUGGUUGUCUAGAGCACACGCACAUGAGCUCGCCCACUCGCCUCAUUUCUACCUAACAACGUAGAGUGAAGGGAGGGAACUUCCCCCUUUCUUCACAUUUCUCUUGAAGAAUCUAGAAAGAACUGAGACUCUUGACCUUACAAUGGCCAAGUUUCAGUUGCAUGGUUGAUGUUGAAGCGAAUGUAAGCGGCACCUACGGAUAGGAUUUAUCAUCUGUCACUCUGGAGCAUGAUUAGAACAGUUCACUAUGUUCGUUAUUUGAUUUGUUGUCUGCACACAUACCUAAAUUCAUGGGUCUAAGGAUGAUUUAUACAUGUACCCUCUUUUGUUCUAUGACAUAUUUAUGUCAGAUUUAGUUUCCAACUCUUUUCGUUUUCAUAUUUUUCUCAGCA